GUUUUACUUUACGACAUAACCGGAACCUUGUGACUGUAUAGAGUCCAACGUCAGAGUGAUGAUAUAAGACGAAAAUGAACCGCGAGCAAUUUAGGGAAUAUCAAUUUUAAUCAAACGUUAUAGCGAACAACCCAACUAGUCCAACAUUUAAGCGAAUAAGUCAUGGCUACGGCAAAGGGUGAAGAUUCAUCAAGGAAACUGUCAGCAGAUGCCUUGCCUACAUCAACGAAACCAGAAAAGAAACAUCUUAUGGUUGCAGCUAUUGACUUUGGCACUACAUUUACUGGAUAUGCAUUUUCGACCCAGAAAUUGCAAGAUGAUUCAAUCAUCUGCAGCCUUUUUCAGGCAGAAGGCUUUAAAAGUGAGAAGGGUCCGACUUGCGUUCUUCUUAAUCCAGACACAACCUUCAGCGCAUUUGGAUACGAUGCAGAAACAAAAUAUAUGGCUCUGUGUCUUGAGGAUAAAACAGAAGGAUUUUACUUCUUUCAGCAUUUCAAAAUGAGCCUCUACAAAACCAAGAAACUUUCUCGUGAAACGAAGAUAAAGGACCUUAACGGGAAAGAGCUUCCAGCACUUGAUGUUUUCUCAAAAGUGAUUAAGCACCUUUCAGAAGAAACCUACAAACAACUGAGUAGAAACAUGACGGGAAUUACUGAAGAUGAUGUGCUGUGGGUUAUUACAGUUCCGGCAAUCUGGUCAGACGCGGCUAAGCAGUUUAUGCGAGAAGCAGCAAACAAGGCUGAAAUUGAAGACGAAGACCUAAAACUUAUUUUGGAACCAGAGGCUGCGUCCUUUUUCUGCAACAUUCAAAAAUCAUGUAAAAUUGUGAAGGUUGACGACACAGUUGCACUGGAACCGUUUCCUGUCGGACAUAAAUAUAUUGUUGCUGAUUUAGGCGGAGGGACAGCUGAUUUCACAGUUCAUGAAAUUCUAGAGGAUCACAAUUUGAGAGAGAUUGCAAGGUCAGAUGGCGACGCUUACGGGGGAAUUUUGGUCGAUCAAGCGUUUGACGAAUUUCUCUCAGACUUUUUUGGACAGAGCGUUGUACACCACUUAUUGGAAAAGCAAACACAUUUGUAUAUGGAAAUUCAGAGAGCAUUUGAAGUAAAAAAACGAACCUUUCUGCGCGAUUCAUCAUGGAUUUUUUUUCGAUUGCCUGUGGUUGAUUUUAAAGAUGCGUUCGAAGCUUGCAAUGUUUCUUACGACGAUGCAGUUAGUGAAGCCAACGCAAAGUAUUCAGGAAAAGCUGAACUUACGCGCAAUGGUAUGUUAAAAUUAUCUGCUGAAACCAUGAAGGGAUUUUUUGACAAGGCAGUGGAUGGUAUUGUUGAAUUCAUUAAAAAGAUGCGCUUUAACGAAGAACUUGGCAUGAUCAACACCGUUUUGAUGGUCGGUGGAUUUUCGGAAUCGAAAUACGUCCAAGAACGCAUUGAAAAUGAAAUACCUGGAGUUCGGCUCGUCAUUCCACCCGAUCCUUCAUUGGCUGUUUUGAAAGGUGCAGUUUUGUAUGGGAAAAACCCACGAGCUAUUACAGAAAGAAUAGCAAGGUUUUCCUAUGGGUUUUCCGUUGCUAGACCUUUCGACGAAGGAUCUGAUCCGGAAGAGCUAAAAAUAACACAGAAUGGAAUGGUCCUUUGCAAUGAGGUUUUUAACAAGUUAAUUACAAGAGGUGAAAUUCUGAAGAAUGGACAGAUGUUUCACAGCGUUGUAAUGUAUCAGGUUAAUACCGAUACCGCUUUGACCAUAUUGUUAUCAUCACUGCGUCCAAUUGAGUCACUAGUUUACAAAUCAACAAAAGAGGAUCCAAAGUACAUCACCGCAGAAGAAGAGUGUGAGGAAAUAGGAAAUUUGAUAAUACGUCCACCCCGUACAGGUUGGCCUUCUGACAGCGCUCUUCUUCAAGGAAUCAUCGUCGGCGAAAGUGAAUUGAAAGCCUUUGCAAUCAACCUUGAAACCAAGCAAGCAUACGUGGCAAAUCUUGAUUGCCUUUGAAGUAGGCUACGACAAAAGUAUAAAUACUGUGCAUACAGACGGUUUUAGCUAAAAGGUUUUAUGAAAAAUGCUUUUGACUCUUUUAAAAAGGUAACAUUUUAUGAACAAUAUUUAUCGAUACAUGCAACUAGAAACCAUGUUGACUUUUAACAGGACGAAAUUGUUAGAAAUGAUGUUAAAAUUGCUCCGAAAAGCUAAAAGUGAGUCGCAAAAGAAACUUUUGAGUGUGAAUGAAAAAGAGAAAAAGUAACUGAGAAAAGAUCAAAUAACAUUCAUUUUGUUAUAUUUUGAUAUGUUCUAUUAACUUUUCUCAGUGUCCAGUUACAGGACAAACAUUUCACUUUCAGUAUGAGAACAUUCAAAGAAUCAUAUAUACUGAUAGCACCAAUAAUUAUUCCUUUAGCUUUAUUUCAGUUUUGUAUAUAAGUAGAUGUGUACACAUUUCAUUGUUAACCGCUUUGUUGAUUAAUGUUGUUAAUGUAUCUCUGCAUCAAAUAUUAUUUUGCGUAAAAUAUCAAUAACCCGAUAUAUUCAAAAACGAAACAGAUGUGAUAUCAAUAUGUGAGUGGCAAUCGUAUCGGCGAUACGUUCUUCUUUAUAUUAUAUGGAAUUUGUAGCCUGUUUUGAAACAUUUCAAGCGUUCCUUUUACCUUUAUUUCAGUUAUAAUGAAUAAUGAAUCAUGUUGAAUACAGCUCAUAUUAUACAUUUCAUGAUACAAUCAAACUAUGUGUUUACUAUGUUAACCUUGUAUCACACCUUGAAAUAUGAUCAUUUCACUCAUGUAGUUUGUUUAAGCAGAUUGUUCAUAAUUAUAUAUAUAGUGCAUGUGAUAAAUGUUGAAUGAUUGUAUUCUCCAUUUAUAGAAUAUUUGCUUUUGUAAAUAAUGUUAUGUAAACUCUUUCUAAUAAAAGCUGGCUGUCAUUGAAUCAAGAAACAUUUAAAAGUACUACUAAUUGCAACUUCUCUUGUAUUGUUUAAAAAAAAAUACCGCUUAUUAUUUUUGUGUGAAAUCAAUAUUUAUGAUAAUGCAAUGUACAUGUUUUACCAUUUAUUAUAUAAAUAAAGAGUUGAUUUGA